ACAGGGUCGGCGAGCUAAUGGUUGCUAAAUGGGUUUAUUCAGGAAGGGAGGUCACUCUAACUUUAUUACUAAUGAAGCAUUUAAAGAGAAAUGAAACGAAAAGGAAAUGUCUGUUCAAUUGGGAUUUCCUUUCUCCCCCUCAUCGGAUACCAUUAAAAUUUCUACCUGGAGUUUCUUCAUUCAGUAUGGAUUCUGAGAAAACUCCUGAUUCUUCAAAGCAUGAAAAAAAGAACAAUUUUCUUAAAAUACUUCUUCCUAUCCGUUGUGAAAAACCGCAAAACAACAGGAUUCCAUUCUAUGAUGUUGGCUUUUUCUCUUUCAUCUCACUUUCUUGGAUGACUAAAAAAAUCUUUGAAGUUUACAAAAAAGGUGGUGAAAAUGUCGAUUGGUGGCAAUGUUCAGAACCAGAAUCUACCCAGUAUAAUGUGGAGAGGAUUGAAGAAAUGUGGAACAAGGAAUAUAAGGAGAGAGGAGACAAAGCUUCAUUGGUUCGUGUUGUCAGACAGUAUAACUGCAACAAAUUAAUUCUAGGAACGGUGCUGUUUAUCAUCAGUUUGGUAUUCAAGAUGCUCACUCCAUUUUAUUUGGUUCCACUGACACUGGAUUUUCUAAAAAACGACAGAAAUAACUACAAGUAUGGAAUAAUUCUGGCUGCCAGCAUUUUUGUUGCUGAAAUAUUGCGUCUAGUAUUUUUUGUACUCAUGUGGUUAGUCAAUUAUCAGGCAGGAAUGUCUAUCAAAGUGGCCCUCAAUUCUCUCUUCUUCAAAAAGGUGCUGUCUGUGAAAUCACUGAAAAACAAGAAUAUUGGUGAAUUGGUCAACCUAUUUACAGCUGAUUCCGAGCGGGUCUCUGAUUCUGCAAAACUUAACACAUUCAUCAUUGGAAGUCCAAUCAUUGUACUGGCAGCAAUUAUCUACAACUAUUACCUUCUUGGGCCAUUGUCUUUGAUUGGAUCUUUUGUUUUCAUAGGAUUUUAUCCAACAUUGAUUUUGGUAAACAAGUUUGGAAUGGAAUACAGAAGAAAAGCUGUAAAAAUAACUGACAGAAGGAUAAAUAUUACCAAUGAAAUCAUUAACUACAUCCGUCUAAUUAAGAUGUAUGCAUGGGAAGACUCCUUCAUUGCAAAAAUUAAAGCUAUUAGACUGAAAGAAAAAAAACUGCUUGAAAUAUGUGGCUUUGUACAAGCAGUAAAUAGCUGCCUCCCGCAACUGGCACCAAUCGUUGGCACUGUAAUGACAUUUCUAGUUUAUGUCUUAACUAAACAUGAUCUGACCAUUAUAAAGGCAUUUACAAUGGUCACUGUGUUGAACAGCCUACACUUUGCAUUAAAUUCUCUUCCGUAUGCAUUCAAGUCAUUGGCUGAUGCCAUCGUUGGUAUUAAAAGAUAUCAAGAACUUCUACUACUUGAGACAGUUGAAAGUAAUCCCAGCAACACUUUAAAGGAUCAAGAAAUGGUUGUUUUUGACAAAGUUACAUUAAACUGGAAUGUCAGCAAAAGCAGUGCUCUUGCUAAUGAAGUCACCUACUCCAAAAUCGAUGAUAAACUGUCUGGAAAUGGAGUUACCAAAGUAGAAGAAGCAUUCUCUUUGAUGGAUUCCACACAGGAAACAACUUUAAAAGACAUUAGCUUUACCUUACAGAAAGGGGAAAUGAUCGGAGUCUGUGGUAGUACUGGAUCUGGAAAAAGUUCCCUUCUUUCUGCAAUUCUUGGUAGAAUGAACAUGGUGUCUGGAAAUAUAGCAAGCCGUGGUACCAUUGCUUAUGUUCCUCAACAACCUUGGAUUAUAAAUGGAACCAUACAGUAUAACAUACUUCUUGGAUUACCUUUCCAGGAACAUAGAUAUAAAAAGAUCAUUAAUAUUUGUUCAUUAGAGGAUGAUUUCUAUUACUUCCCUCAUGAAGAUUUAACAGAAAUUGGAGACCGAGGUAUUAAUCUAAGUGGUGGACAAAAACAGAGGAUCAGUCUAGCUCGUGCCCUCUACAAUGACAGCGAUAUCUACCUCUUGGAUGAUCCAUUAUCUGCUGUUGAUGCUCACAUUGGAAAGAGAAUCUACGAUGAGUGUUUCAACAUGUUUUUGUGUACAAAGGCCGUAUUGUUCGUUACACACCAGCUUCAGUACCUUACAUCAUGUGACCAUAUCCUCUUCUUAAAAGAGGGUCAAAUCACUGAACGAGGGACACACCAACAGCUGGUUGAUGCAAAUCAAGAUUAUGCCAAUCUCAUUGACACUUACUUCACUGAAUCACCAAUAGCAGUUGUUAGAGUCCGACAGACUCUAGAGCGGGGGAUGAGCACAAUGUCAACUAUAAGCCAAUAUAGCUGUGUUUCAGAAGAUUUUGAACUGGUUGCUAAAGAAGACAUAUCAAAAAAUACCUCCUUUGAACAAUUAGGAAUGUAUAUAAAGGCAUGUGGAGGGGUUGUUCAGUGUCUCUUUGUGCUGCUGUUAUUCAUUAUCAGCGUUUCUAUUCAAGUCCUCUCAAUGUGGUGGUUAACAUUUAUUCUGAAAGAACAUAAUCCUACAUCUUCCAAUAAUAUCACAGACUCUACAAUGCUCAGUGAUAACAUCACAGAUCUAAACUCUUUAACCAAGAACACUACAUAUUCCAGUGCUUCAACAAAGUCUGAUGGUGAAUCCAAUUUAGUUUUUAAUGCAUCUAUCUAUGGUGGCAUCGGUCUGUUAAUGGUUUUAUUUCAUAUGCUUCGAGGAGUUUCCUACGUUAAAACUGUAUUGAAAGGUUCCACUCGACUGCAUGAACAGAUGCUGCAGCACAUUAUUAAUAUGCCAAUGUCAUUCUUUGACUCCACACCUACUGGAAGGAUCAUUAAUAGAUUUUCUUCUGAUAUUCUAGAACUUGACAAUCGGUUACCCCUCUCAGGUGAAAUCACUUUACUGGGGAUUGUGCUGUUGCUGGCAGUCAUUAUAUCUUUAAUUAUCAUAGUACCACACGUGACUGUGGCCUUUAUUCUACUGCUGAUAAUCUUUGUGGCCGUCAGUUGGACAUUUACUAAAAGUGUCCUUGAAAUAAAGAAACUUGAUAACAUUUCUCGGUCACCAUUAAUCAGUCUCAUCACCACUUCCUUACAUGGACUGACAUCACUUUUUGCUUACAGAAAAAACAAUGUUUUUUUCAGCUGGUUUUCUGAUCUGCACGAUAAACACACAUCUUUUAGUUUCCUGUUCUAUCUCUCAGAUCGAUGGAUUGCAGUACGACUGGAGUUUAUUGCCAAUUUAAUCCUCUUUGCUUUUAUCAUAAGUGUUGUUUUCAUCACAGAAAUUUCAGCAGAGUUUGCAGGACUUGGAUUAGUUUUUGCUGUGCAGUUUAUAGGAAUGUGCUAUUUUGUUAUACGGCUUCUGAUUGACGCAGCUGCAAGGUUUGACUCUGUGAAAAGAGUUGCAGAAUAUAUCAAGGUUGGUGAGGAGUUGCAAAGCUUUGAAAUUGAACCAACAACUAAUCUUUCUCCCACCUGGAUGGACAUUGGUCAUAUCAUGUUUGAGGAUUAUAGCAUGCGAUAUCGCAGUGAUUUGCCAAACACACUGAAGAAGAUACAUUUACAAGUAUUGCCAGGACAAAAACUUGGAAUUGCUGGAAGAUCAGGCUCAGGGAAAUCAUCUCUUGGACUUGCACUUUUCCGAAUGGUUGAACCCUCUUCUGGAACAAUCUCAAUUGGAGGACAAGACAUUACUGAAAUUAGUCUCAAAGAGCUGAGGUCCAGAAUAUCGAUUAUACCCCAGGAUCCAGUUCUGUUUAUUGGAACUAUUAGAUACAAUCUGGAUCCUUUCAAUAAUUACACAGAUGAACAAAUCUGGUCAGCACUGGAAAACUGUUACAUGAAGAAUGCUAUUACUGCAUUGAAAAAUGGUUUAGAUUCUGAUGUAGAAGAAGAUGGAAAGAAUUUCUCAGUUGGUCAGCGCCAGUUACUGUGUCUAGCAAGAGUCCUACUUCGUGCAAACAAGAUAUUGGUCCUUGAUGAAGCGACGUCUUCUGUUGAUGCGGAAACUGAUUCCCUCAUCCAAAACACUAUUAAUCAAUGUUUCACCAACUGCACCAUCAUGAUUAUUGCUCAUCGUCUGAAUACAAUCGUGGAAUGUGACAAAGUCAUCAUCAUGGACAACGGAAAGGUUGUUGAAGAAGGAAUCCCUAAUGAGUUACUGAAAAAAUCAAAUUCCAAGUUUUAUAAACUAUGGAAAGCCAGAGAGAUUAUGUAACAUUGUGAAGAAAGACAGACAGAUUUUGUAGAUAUUUUUCCAUUUCAUUUCAACUGCUGUUUAUUUUUUAUAUGUUUUCUCAGAACAGUCCAAUAAAUGCCCAAAACAUUUUAUUAAAACCAAAUUAAAAGACUAUCACAUCUAACUGAUAAACCUCAUUACUCAUUUGGUUAAUUAUGCAUGGGAAUUAAAUUGCUGAUAUUUUA